CGUGAAUCCUCUCUUAACCAGUUUCUACUCAGUUACUAUCGACUCAUUGCGGCAAAAUGCCCAGAGAACAGUCCGACGAAGCUCAAUGGUGGUUUCAGGCUGUGUAUUCUGCGGUCCAACAAAUUCCCUACGGUAAAUGUACCAGCUAUGGACACAUAGCUGUGCUUUUGGGCUUUCCACGACGGGCUCGCCAAGUAGGCGUAUGCCUGAAACAUCUUCCUUCAUUCGAUCCUGCAGAUCCCGAGAAGUUCUUCUUUCACGAUAACAAUGUUCCGUGGCAGCGCGUGGUCAAUUCCAGAGGCGGGAUUAGUCCACGUGGAGAUGAUGGGGCCGCCGUGAACAGACAAGCUGACAGAUUGCGGGCAGAAGGAGUCGAAGUCAACGACGCAAGAGGCAUCGAGGAGAUGACUGUCGAUCUUGGGAUGUUUGGAUGGUUCCCAAAGAGGUUACCUAGAGAGCACAGUGACGAGAGCGAGCAGGAGGAUGACCAGGACUAA